AUGUUGAAGUGUUCAAAAUGCAACAGCACCAGAGUGCCAAAGGUGGAAAUAGGAAAGAAAAGAGAGAUAAAGGAGCACGUGAGCAAAACAAAGCAGGAUGCAGUGGUUAGGAUGCUACGUGAGAGUGAUACAACCGUAGAUGAGUUGAAUACGCUGCUUGAGGGGGUAGCUGGGUAUUCUGAGGCAGAUGCGAUUGAAUUCGUAGAGGGAAUUGGAAAGGAGCAGGAAAUCGUUGAUUGUUUCUACAAAGUGGACGUAGAAGAAGGGAGCGUAUUCUGUGCAGAUUGUGGGGAUGAGAAAAAGGUAGCAAAUGGGAUACUGGAGCUGAUUGAUAUGUGA